CCUAGGCUCUAGGCUUAUUUAAGGAGCCUGUUUCACCCUUGGCCUUUGUCCCAGUGGAAGCAUCAGUCUAGCAAUACAACUUGACCAUAGCAAAAAACAGCAAUCAUGUGUGACGACGAAGAGACUACCGCCCUUGUAUGUGACAAUGGCUCUGGCUUGGUCAAGGCUGGAUUUGCCGGAGAUGACGCUCCCCGUGCUGUCUUCCCUUCCAUUGUUGGAAGGCCCCGCCACCAGGGUGUGAUGGUGGGUAUGGGUCAGAAAGACAGCUACGUUGGAGAUGAAGCCCAAAGCAAGAGAGGUAUCCUCACCUUGAAGUACCCCAUUGAACACGGCAUCAUCACCAACUGGGACGAUAUGGAGAAGAUCUGGCACCACACCUUCUACAAUGAGCUGCGUGUGGCUCCUGAGGAGCAUCCCACCCUGCUCACAGAGGCCCCCCUCAACCCCAAGGCCAACAGGGAGAAGAUGACUCAGAUCAUGUUUGAGACCUUCAAUGUUCCUGCCAUGUAUGUGGCCAUCCAGGCUGUGCUGUCCCUCUACGCCUCUGGACGUACCACUGGUAUCGUGCUGGACUCUGGUGAUGGUGUGACCCACAAUGUUCCCAUUUAUGAGGGUUAUGCCCUGCCCCAUGCCAUCAUGCGCUUGGAUCUUGCCGGUCGUGAUCUGACUGACUAUCUGAUGAAGAUUCUGACUGAGAGAGGCUAUUCCUUUGUCACAACUGCUGAGCGUGAGAUUGUGCGUGACAUCAAGGAGAAGCUGUGCUAUGUGGCUCUGGACUUUGAGAACGAGAUGGCCACUGCUGCCUCUUCCUCCUCUCUGGAGAAGAGCUAUGAAUUGCCUGAUGGCCAAGUUAUUACCAUUGGUAACGAGCGUUUCCGCUGCCCUGAGACCCUCUUCCAGCCUUCCUUCAUUGGUAUGGAAUCUGCUGGUAUCCACGAGACUGCCUACAACAGCAUCAUGAAGUGCGAUAUUGACAUCCGCAAGGACCUGUACGCCAACAACGUCCUGUCUGGUGGUACCACCAUGUACCCUGGUAUUGCUGACCGCAUGCAAAAGGAGAUCACCGCUUUGGCCCCCAGCACCAUGAAGAUCAAGAUCAUCGCUCCCCCUGAGCGUAAGUACUCUGUCUGGAUUGGCGGCUCCAUCCUGGCCUCCCUGUCCACCUUCCAGCAGAUGUGGAUCAGCAAGCAGGAGUACGAUGAGGCAGGGCCCUCCAUUGUCCACAGGAAGUGCUUCUAAACAACAAUCCCCUCCACUCACUCCUCUGUCUGCCUUUGUACUCUGCUCUUUACUGUAUAUAAGUGUACCGGUGUAAUAAAUAGAUGCUUGUAACAGUAAAAA